CUCGAACUGGUUGGUCUUACACGGAAAGCACUCAGACGUACAAUUCCCACAUGACUAGUUAAAUCAGAACGAACAACUUGUCUUACUGGUCAUGUCAUGGUCAAUUGUUGCGUUAUAUCUCGUCUACAUACACAUUAAACUUAAUCUGCUGACAAAUUACUCUUAAACAACUUUAUUACCUUCUUAAACAAUCUAAAAAUAAAAAAAUGAUGAUCUGGAUGCUGACGCCAUUUAUGCUUCACCAGUCACCUAUAGAACUCCUUUUUAUGAGAUCUCUUAUUCACAGAAGAAUUUCAGCUUAUCUUCUCAAGUAUGGAAAUGGAACCCUUUUACAUCUUCCUUACUGUUUCACCUUUACUCUUUCUUCUCUCAAUCCUUCUUCUAAUCCAGAAGAAGAAGAAAACCAAAAAUCAUCCACCAAGUCCGCCAUCUCUUCCAAUUCUUGGCCAUCUCCACUUAGCUAAGAAACCAUUAUAUCGAACCUUAGCAAAAAUUUCCAACAAAUAUGGUCCAAUUUUAUACCUCCGAUUCGGUUCCAGGCCAGUUCUAGUCGUGUCGGAUCCGUCUGCUGCCGAGGAAUGCUUAAACAAGAACGACAUAGUCUUUGCAAACCGUCCGCAACUCUUUUUCGGUAAAACCUUGGGUAUAAAUUAUACCAGCAUAGUCUGGGCGCCAUAUGGGCAUAAUUGGCGGAAUCUUCGACGGAUCACGGCACUUGAAAUUUUCUCGUCUAGUCGUCUGCAGAUGUUCCUCGACGUCCGUGUUGAUGAGGCCCGGUUGAUGAUUAAACAGCUGACGUCCGGCAAUGAUGAGUACCGGACGGUGGACCUUAAGGCAGCUUUAUUUGGCAUGACUCUGAAUAUUAUGAUGAGGAUGAUAGCCGGGAAAAGGUAUUACGGUGAAGGUGUGAAAGAAGUGGAAGAAGCUGCAUAUUUUAGAGAGUUGGUUGAGGAAACAUUUGUUUUGGGUGGAGCUACUAAUGUGGGAGAUUUCUUGCCGUUUUUAAGAUGGUUCGGGCUUAAUGAGACGGAGAAAAGGAUAGUGAGACUGACGAAAAAUAGAGAUGUUUUCUUGCAGCGAUUGAUCGAAGAGCGUCGCAAACUGAUGGCAAUCGGUGAUAAGAAUGAUGAUUCGAGUGAUAGACAACAGAAGACUAUGAUUGAUGUUUUGUUGUCGCUUCAGAAGGAUGAACCGGAUUACUAUAGCGAUCAAAUGAUACGAGGCCUUGGAGGGGCACUGUUGUCAGCUGGAACAGACACUUCAGCAGGAACAAUGGAAUGGGCAAUGUCUUUAUUACUCAACAAUCCACAUGUUCUCAAGAAAGCCCAGAAAGAGAUUGACGAGCACGUUGGACAAGAGCAAUUAGUUAACGAAUUUGAUCUCAGUAAGCUGCCAUACCUCCAUGCCAUCAUCCUCGAGACCCUGCGGAUAUACCCAGCUGGACCGCUAUCAGUACCACAUGAGUCAUCUGAAGAUACUGUAUUAGGAGGUUACAACGUUCCACGAGGCACAAUGUUAUUAUUGAAUUUGUGGGCCAUACAAAAUGAUCCAAAGUCAUGGGACGAACCGAGUAAGUUCAAGCCGGAGAGGUUCGAAGGGUUAGCGGAAGGAGGAACUAGACAAGGGUUCAAGCUGAUGCCGUUCAGUUCAGGUAGGAGAGGUUGUCCCGGUGAAGGCAUGGCAAUGCGUGUGAUGGGAUUGGCAUUAGGUUCAUUGAUUCAGUGUUUGGAUUGGGAGAGAGUAAAUGGAGAAGAAAUGGUGGAUAUGACUGAGGGUGUAGGUCUGACAUUGCCUAAGGCUCAACCCCUGGAAGCAAAAUGUAGACCUCGCUUUAACUUGCUCAAUCUGCUCUCUCAAGUGAAUUAGUACCACUUUGCGCUUUGCUAGUUAGGGUAUAGGUUGCUUCCGGUUAUAUAUACUUUGUUGCGGGGUGUUUAGUUGAUUGUAAGCACUUUGUAUCUCUAUGAAGGUUAUUUUAUAUGAAUAAGAUGGCAUACUAGACAUUGGUACAAUAACUGCAUAACUGUGCUGCAAAUAUAAAUACAAAUACUACUAAAGUUACCGGGAGUGAGAGAAGGGUUUAGG